GUAUCCGUGGGGAGUUGUCCGUCAAGUCGAGUGAAAGGAAGGUUUAGUGCAGGGUUUGUACACGGUUGCAAUGGAAGACAGUAGGAAGCAAGUAAUUAAUUUUGCUGCCGGCCCUUCCAAGAUCCCACGGCCGGUCUUGCUUCAAGCACAGAAAGAGCUGCUGGAUUACAAAGGACUUGGAAUUAGUGUUCUAGAAAUGAGCCACAGAUCAGCAGACUUCAUCAAAAUUGUCAACACUGCAGAAAAUGACUUGCGAGAGCUACUAAAAAUCCCAGAAAACUACAAGGUAAUCUUCCUCCAGGGAGGUGGAACCGGCCAGUUCAGCGCUGUACCUUUAAAUCUUAUUGGAUUGAAAGAAGGAAGGCAUGCAGAUUAUUUGGUUACUGGAGCCUGGUCUGCUAAUGCAGCCAAAGAAGCAGAGAAAUAUGGAAAAGUAAACAUUGUCCAUUCCAAGCUUGAUGCUUACAGAAGUAUCCCUGAUCCAAGUACUUGGGGUUUGAACCCAAAUGCCUCUUAUGUUUAUUAUUGUGCCAAUGAGACUGUUCAUGGUGUGGAAUUCCCCUUUAUCCCUGACACAAAGGGAACAGUGCUGGUCUGUGACAUGUCAUCGAGUUUUCUUUCAAAGCCAGUGGAUGUCACCAAGUUUGGUUUAAUUUUUGCUGGUGCUCAGAAGAAUAUUGGCUGUGCUGGAGUGACUGUGGUAAUAAUCAGAGAGGAUCUAUUGGGAUAUGCACUGAAAGAAUGUCCAGUAAUUUUUGACUAUAAAGUACAAGGGAGUUGCAAUUCUCUGUACAACACUCCAGCAAGCUACAGUAUUUACAUUAUGGGAUUGGUCUUGCAAUGGAUUAAGAAUUCUGGGGGUGCUGAAGCAAUGGAACAAAACAGUGCUGCCAAAUCAAAGCUGAUUUAUGAUAUAAUUGAUGGAUCUAAUGGAUUCUAUGUGUGUAUGCCUGCUUCAACGUGCAGAAGCAGAAUGAACGUCCCAUUACGCAUUGGGAAUGCAAAUGGAGAUAGUGUCCUUGAAACAGAGUUUCUUGAUAAAGCUGCUAAAAAUGACAUGAUAUCAUUAAAAGGCCACAGGUCUGUUGGUGGAAUUCGAAUCUCCCUGUAUAAUGCUGUAACAGUAGAAGAAACUCAAAGACUGGCUGACUUUAUGAUCAACUUUAUGAAGGAACAUUGUGUUUAAACCUCUUCCCUCAAGUGCUAAGCACCAGUUUUAGUUUUGCCAUUGAAUAACCUUUAUUUCUAUAAUACAGGCUUGUAGCUUUUUGUUCUUUUGAGAUAGAGUACUUGGAUGAAUCUUUAAUGUAGUGCCUGAACUACCUGGAAGUGACACACAUUUUCUAAGCACUGAUUGCUGUUGGAUCAUCAAUUCAUAAUGUUUAGUUUCUGCCUUCCAAGAGUGAACUUUGAUUCAUGGCAGAAUUUCUAAUGCAUUAUCCAAGAAUCAGGAUCUUGACCUACAGCUAAUCUUUUUCUGUUUUCUCUCAAAUUGUCUGUCUUUUCUGAAGCUAGACUUCUAACUGGCCAAAUUGCGCCUUUGGAACUCUGUGAAAGUGUAUAAUGUAAUAUUGAGCAGUAAAUGCACUUGUAAAUAAUAUUAAAAACUGGACAUGGACCAUAAUAUCACUAAUUUUGUAUAGAGGAAUUGGGAGGAGAAAUAACUUUGACAGUUGACACAAGCCAAAUGUAACAAAUAUUAAGGUAGAAAUAAAGAUGAACCAAAUUUA